AUGGACAUGCUUUCGGCAUCCGAGCAGCGCACCCUGGAGCAGCGCAUGCAGAAGCGCCAGGUCAAGGAGUUCAUGGGCGCUUUCGGCGGCCUCGUCGACCACUGCUUCACCUCGUGCGUCGACGACUUCACCUCCAAGGCCCUCUCCUCGCGCGAAAACGGCUGCAUCAACCGCUGCGUCCUCAAGUGGAUGGCCACGCAGCAGCGCGUCAGCGACCGCUUCCAGGAGCACAACGCCCAGCUGUCGCAGCAGAUGCAACAAAACUAA